AUGGAAGAUGAGGAAGAGGAGGAUGUUAACCUGAAGCCGGGUUUUGUUGUUGAGUCAUCGAAAGCCAGCUAUGUCAUUGUUAAAUUAUUAGGAGAAGGCGGAUUCGGAGCUGUCUACAAGGUUCACGACAAGAAUGAUAAGCGCAAAGAGUAUGCUAUGAAGGUGGAGAAAAAGUUGGAAUCACGACGACAUUCUAAGCUGAAAAUGGAAGUAUACAUUCUCGACUUUGGGAUUGCACGAAAAAUACUGAACCCAAAAGGCGAGUUGAAAGCACCACGCCAAACUGUUCGUUUCAAGGUAAAUAAAUCAAUUCCGCCCAAUCGUGUGCUGGAUUAG